CCCUCCAUCAAACACUGAAAUCUCUCUCUAGAAAACAGAAUUUCGAAACAGAAAUUUUGUUUCCUUUUUUUAGCUUUUUAUUCGAAAGCUUUCUCUCUCUUCAAUGGGUCUCUCAGUUGAAAAUUCAGUAACACAAUCCCACACCCGAACCCACAAAACCUUCCUCAUCACCAACUACAUCCUCUUGGGAGCAGCCUCCGCUUGCAUCUUCCUAACCCUCUCCCUCCGCCUACUCCCUUCCCUCUGCGGAUUCUUCCUUAUCCUCCUCCACGCCAUCACCAUCACCUCCGCCGUCUUGGGCUGUUCCAUUGUCACUUCGGGGUCCAACAAGCGCUAUGCGGCUCACAUGGUGGCUAUGGUGCUGACUUCGAUAUUCCAGGGCUCGGUCUCGGUGCUUAUACUGACCCGAACUUCCGAUUUCUUGGGGUAUUUGAAGUCGUACGUGAGGGAAGAAGAAGGGGAGAUGAUAUUGAAGUUGGCUGGGGGGUUAUGCGUGGCUGUAUUCUGCUUGGAAUGGGUGGUGUUGGGGCUGGCUUUCGUGUUGAGAUACUAUGCUUUUGUGGGGAAGGACAUGGGGUUGGCAAUGGCGGCGGCCAAUCGGCGUACCAGAGGAAUGGGAAAGUUGCAGAUGAGGAUUUGAAGAACUGGCCUUGGCCUUUCCAAGUUUAAUUAUUUAACUGCAGCCAUAUAUAUAUAAGCUUUUGUUAGCGGAGGGUUCUCCAUACGAUUUCAUUUUAUUGUAUUGCUUGUUCAUCACCAGUUUGAGAUCAGAUUGGUCAUUCGUUUAAUUAUUAAUUUAUUGAGUGUUUGUUGAUUU